GAGGCCGCUUGUCCUUACAGACGAUCCGUACAGGUUCCGACAGCAACGUAGGAAGUGGCCAUUGAUUGGACGUUUCUAUCACUGGGCGUAUCACGUUACGCUGUACAGUCGCUUCCUGAAGUACCGCGGAUACUACUAAAUAAAGAUGCUGGUCCUGGUGCUCGGAGACCUCCACAUCCCCCACCGCUGCAACACCCUGCCGGCCAAGUUUAAGAAGCUGCUGGUACCUGGGAAGAUCCAGCACAUUCUGUGUACAGGGAACCUGUGCACAAAAGAGAGCUACGACUACCUGAAAACACUGGCGGGAGACGUGCAUAUUGUCAGGGGGGACUUCGACGAGAACCUGAAUUACCCGGAACAGAAGGUGGUGACGGUGGGCCAGUUUAAGAUUGGGCUGAUCCACGGGCACCAGGUGAUCCCCUGGGGGGACAUGGCCAGCCUGGCCCUGCUGCAGAGGCAGCUGGACGUAGACAUCCUCAUCUCGGGACACACGCACAAGUUUGAGGCCUUCGAGAACGAGAACAAGUUCUACAUCAACCCAGGCUCUGCCACAGGCGCUUACAGUGCUCUGGAGAGCAACAUCAUUCCUUCAUUUGUCCUGAUGGACAUCCAGGCCUCCACGGUGGUCACGUAUGUCUACCAGCUCAUCGGCGACGACGUCAAGGUGGAGAGGAUCGAGUACAAGAAGUCCUAAAGGCCAGGAUGGGAUGGAAGAACCAGACCUGUCCCUCAAUUCCUGUCCCGACACCGGUCCCUCAACGCUAAACGCUGUACCAUACCUGUCUGCUAACUUAAUGAAAGCAAUGUAGCACAUAUAUCAUGGCAUAUAUACGUCUGCAGCGUUUGACUCUGUUUGACCCACCUCCAGCGUGUCCGGGGAGAAUGAGAUGAUGUCACCUCCAUCCACAUUAUUUCAUCCAUGAAGAUUCGGUGCCACAAUUUCUUUUGUUUUCUUCAGUUUUUCUUUUAGUUUUAUUGAAAUUCAGAUUCGUUUCAUAUAAUUGCCCGACGAAAGAUAUUCUGACUUUCAAUUUAAAUUGAAGAUUGUCAAUCACUUUUGUGUUAUGUUAUUAAUAAAAUAAAAUAAAAUAAAAAAUCCUAUUAACAAUUGGUUUUUAAAAUGUAGAUUUUCUUUGUUGAUUCUGAGAGCUGUGUACAUUACAGAAUGUGUGAACUGGGAAUAGUUUGUACAGUCCCCAGAUUACUUCUUGCACUGUAAGAUAUUUCAUAUACGUAUAUCCACCAUUGUUUCUCCAUUUUGCUGUCAAAGUCAAAUUAAAAUCUAUUUACAUGG